AUGUUCAACGAGACAAGAGAAGAGAAAGCGGGUAGAGGAGAAUUAAGGAGAAAAAAGGAAGAGAGAGAAAAAAAGAGAGACAGAGAAAUAAAUAAUAGUAGAUGGGAAGACAAAAAAUGUGGCAGGCAGAAUACACUUCUGUUGAAAAAAGAGAAGAAACCAAGAAGGGAGGAGACGAGUAUAUAUGAUAUGGGUAGAAAAAGGAUGCAACCAACCGACCAACCAGCCAGCCAACAACGACAACAACAACACCCGAGUACAGCAACAGACACACCAUCCAUCCAUCCGACCGACCGACCGACCGUCCAUCCGGGGGGGGAGGGAGAUGAGUUCAACAAUGAGGAACCGACAAAAGGCAACAACACGACGACGCAGCCGGCGUUCUAUCAUCAGGUAAACGACAACCAAACCAACGACGAGUAUCCGGUAUCCAGUAUCCAGUAA